GUUUUCUUUCCCUUGAGAAAAUUCUCUUUUGCUUAUCUCCUAAGCUAACCAUUGCCCACUCAAGCACAGGUGUGCCGAAUAAAUGGCUCCGAAGAACUUGUGGUUCAAGAUAAUCCUGGGUUCCUCCUCCAUGGCACGUCGCGAAAUUCUAGCUGACAUGGGUUACGUAUUUACAGUUAUGAGUGCUGACAUUGAUGAAAAGAGCAUUAGGAAGGAUAAUGCAGAGGAAUUAGUGGUUGCUCUAGCAGAAGCAAAGGCAGAUGCUAUUAUGUCAAGGCUCAAAACAACUGAUCAUUUGGAGGAAAAUACCCAUCCCACUCUGUUAAUUACUGCAGAUACAGUGGCGGUGUACGAAGGAAUUAUUAGAGAAAAGCCAUCAAGUAAGGAAGAAGCACGUCAGUUCAUCAAAAGCUAUUCUGGUGGUCAAGCCACGGUUGUAGGAUCUGUUGUUGUGACCAACCUCACAAAGGGGAUAAGAAAAGGAGCUUGGGAAAGGUCAGAGGUAUAUUUCCAUGACAUACCUGAUGAGAUCAUUGAUAGCCUGAUUGAGGAGGGAGUAAUACUUAAUGUUGCUGGUGGCUUAAUGCUUGAACAUCCACUGACGUUGCCCUUCGUUGACACUCUGAUUGGAACUGCUGACAGUGUCAUGGGACUCCCAAGAAGUCUCACUGAAAAGCUUAUCGAAGAAGCACUCUAGCUGCUGGAAUUCCACAAAUGAAUAUCCUUGUGAUCACCUCUCUUUAAAUGCACUCUCUUUGUUACUUAUUACUCUCACUAGAUUUUUGAGUUUAUAAACUCGUCUUUCUGAAGUGUAACAUUUGAAACAUGCCUAAAGGAAAUAUUGGCCGAAA